CAAGAUGUAUGGUCGGAACGAGCUCAUCGCCCGAUACAUAAAGCUUCGCACGGGCAAGACGCGGACGCGUAAGCAAGUCUCUUCUCACAUCCAAGUCCUCGCACGACGCAAGCUGCGCGAAAUUCAAGCUAAACUCAAGGAUGUGCCGGGGGGCUGUUCACCUGACGACAGCAACAGCAUGCUAAGACUGGACCAAGCAACGAAGGAGAAAGCGCUGCAGACGAUGUCCUCGAUGUCGUCGGCUCAAAUCGUGUCAGCGUCUGCGAUGCACCAGAAGGGCGGCCUCAACCUCGGCCCUCCCUCCAUGUCUUACCCUGGGUCCAUCGGCGGCUUCUGGCAAGGGGGACUGCAAGCUGGCACUAGCCACGACGUAAAGCCGUUCAGCCAACACGGUGGUAACUUCGUAUGUGGAGACGAGAGCAAAGCGUCGAUGUUGCUGCCAGGGCACCAGGGCGCCGCCCCCGGGGUCAUGGGCCCCCCCUGGGAGGGCCGGUCCAUAGCCACGCACAAGCUCAGACUCGUCGAGUUCAGUGCCUUCGUCGAGAGCCAGAGAGAUCCUGACACGUACCAGAAACAUCUCUUCGUCCACAUCGGGGGCCAGACAACAUACAACGAUCCUCCUUUGGAAGCUGUGGAUAUUCGACAAAUCUAUGACAAAUUUCCGGAGAAAAAAGGCGGGCUAAAAGACCUCUAUGACAAAGGUCCUCAGAGCGCGUUUUUCCUUGUGAAGUUCUGGGCGGACCUCAAUACAAAUAUGCAGGAUGAGACGGGCACCUUCUACGGCGUCACCAGCCAAUACGAGAGCCCCGACAAUAUGACGAUCACUUGCUCGACCAAAGUGUGCUCGUUUGGCAAGCAGGUUGUCGAAAAGGUCGAGACGGAAUAUCCUAGAUUCGAGAACGGUCGCUUUGUUUAUCGGAUCACACGGUCGCCCAUGUGUGAAUAUAUGAUCAAUUUUAUACACAAACUAAAACAUCUCCCGGAAAAAUACAUGAUGAACAGCGUCUUAGAGAAUUUUACCAUAUUGCAGGUGGUGACUCACCGGGAGACGCAAGAAACUCUGUUCUGCAUAGCCUACGUUUUUGAAGUGUCGACAUCAGAGCACGGCGCCCAGCACCACAUAUACAGACUCGUUAAAGACUAACAUACGGCCAAGCUCAGCAACCCGCUUGUUGUGGCAGCCCACAACAAAUGUCGCCACAUCUCCUUCGUUACCUCUGUGCCCACGCUCGUCCGUAUCUCGUAGCCUCCCCGUACACCUUCCCGCAAAAACGUAUAAUGUCUAAGCCACGUUAAUCCUACUUUAUAAACGUUUAUGAUACAAGCUCUUAAAAACCCAUUGUUUUCUCGUCUCCGUUGCAUUGAAAUUUUGUCGAUGACAAGUUUAUGACUUUCGUAUAAAAUGCAUAGUUAAUUGGAUAACAAUUUUGCGUGCAGCUAAAAUCCAAGACGAGCAGACUAAGCUAUCCUCUGCGUCUGAAGUUUUUAUGUCUGUUGACCAAAAUUAUCGUCGUGCAUAUAAUUUUUAUGUUUAUUACCGACUUGUAGCACGCAAUUAUCUUAUGCUUUAUAUAGUUUAAAAGUAAGCAUACUUCACUCUGACCACGCAGUGCGACAAAUACAGAAAGGGUGUCCCGGUAGUUAUGGAUUAAUGUAAGGACCAUUAAAUGCAGCGUUUUUUGCCUUCAUUUCUUAUUCAGUUUAUGGUUGGUUCUUCUUACUGGCUGCAUUAUUUCGAACAGUACUUAAUGUUUUCAUAUGUUCUACUUUUUCACCAAAAAUUCGUGAAGAAAUUAUAGGAAUCACUUCUCCUUUCCUUGGAUCUCUUGCAUCCCACGCCAUUAUUUUUGCAAAAGACUGCGUUUGUCAUUAAGCGCAAACUCCGCUGUUGCAAUGUGCAACUCUUGUAUAUAUAACGCGAGCCUAAAGCAAACGAAAGUAAUGAAGUGCCUUUAGGGUUACGGAAAUCUAUUAUAUUUGUACCUAUUAUCCUUACCAAGGGAAGGGGUCUUGCUUUACCCAUAUAUCAUAAUGAUACUUAACUCGUAUUUGUGAUCAUGUCUGUCAUUUGCCUGUGCUUAAAUGUGGCUCAACGACGAGCUCCCAUAGCUGAGCGCACUUGCAAGUUCUUUUACGAGUCAUUUGCAGGUGUUGAAUCUCCAAGCUAUUGGUUUUGUCUUGAAAUUAUUUAUGUCAAUAUGAUGGUUUGUUUUCUCUUAGGCAGCUCGAUUGUGAGUGUAAUUAUCGCAGCUGCGUGAUUGUAGUUCAAUUUAUAAUUGUCACCUCCAACCUAUUUUGCAUUAUUCUCCAGUCCAUGCCGCCCUGCUGCUCGACUCGUACUAAAGUCCGAACCGUGCCACAUUCUUGCACUCCUCCGUUUCACAUAUUUGCUGUCAAAAUUAGUAUAUUUUAAAUUGUCCUACGAUUUUGAACAUUUAUUUCAUACUAUUCGAUUGCUCACGUCUAUAUUAUGAAUUCAAAUUUGUCUGAAAUUUUUUAGACACAACGUGCCGUUUAAAAUGAUUCUGGUCUGUGCAUAUCAAGGAAACAAUUCAUUUAUAAUCUUUCCAAGGGUCAGUUUGCCAAUUCUAUAUUUUUCUUAAGAGUUUUAAGAAGUAAUAUAUUUGUUCGCGCAUUUGAAAUUCUUAGGGAAUAUUGUUGUAUUUCUAUUUGUACAGCUUUCCUUUCUGCUGGACUUCUUCUUCGAGGGUCAAGCUUAAGUCGCCCGUUACUUCGUCUGUUACAGCUGCUUCUCUUCAGAUAUAUAUUGCCUAGUGUUUAGAUUACUCUUAAGUAUUGCUGAAUUGCUGUCGUCACAGCAGAGCGAGUUUCGUUACCAUGGGCUAAUAACUCUUUUUCAUUUCCUCUGCCGUCUUUCUUAUCUCAAGAUUUUUUGCGCUUUUUAUUGCUGAAAAGAUGUCCUUGACUAAUAGUGUUUGUGAUAAACCAGAGCUUAUAGGUCGAGUCGUCGAGACUAGUCCUUUUUUUCCUGAUAAUUUUCAAAAUUUAAACAUUUUGAUGGAUUUUCUACCAU